AUGUCUGAAACUAUCAAGGCCGUUGGCAUUGUCGGAGCGGUUGACAAUAUGGGCUCCGCUAUAUUCAAAAAGUUGACCGCAGCUGAUCAAUUCAAAGUCAGGGUCCUCGGGCGCAAUGGCUCUACUUCCAAGUUCGCAGACCAAGUCGACGUCGUCAACGUGGACUUUGAUUCUGUCGACUGGCUGACGGCAGCGCUUGCCGGCCAAGACGCUGUUAUUGCCGUGCUGGGCUUCCAUGCCCAGCCCAAGCAGGAAAACAUCGUCGACGCCGCCAUCGCCGCAGGUGUCAAGCGUUUCCUCCCGUCAGAGUUGGGGUCCAACUCGAACAAGCCCAACAUCCGCAAGCUUCGUCAUUUCGCUGAGGAAGCCUCCAUCUUUGACGGCGGCAACGUCCUAUUCAGCACUACGGCUGUGAACACCAUGACGGAUGCUAUCGUGGCUAUUCUAUCGCAACCUGAUGCAGCCAGUAACUGCGUUGUCUACGUCCAAGACGUCAAACUAAAGCAAAACAAACUGUUGAAGCUCACAAGGCAGGCGGAUGGGGACAGGCCGUGGACGGUUGAAAGCGUCAGCCUAGACACUCUGACUUGCAAGUCCGACGAGCCCGUGGCCAAGGGCCUGCUAGAGGAAGAAACGUUCGCACCCUAUGCCUGGCGGACAACGAGCUUCUGGGGCUUCUGGGGCUUUCGGGCAUGA